AUGUCUACUCUUAUAGUCGCAGUUGAUGUGGGUGAGCUCGGUAAUACGAAGUUGCCAUCUCGACGUGGACAUGCAUUGAGCUCCUGUGACCUUGGGUUGGGGGCGCCAUUGUCAUCGCCAGCCAACGUCAGCGGCAAGGGAGACAACGUGACGCAAGAUGUCAUUACCUCUCUUCCCUCCCCAUCCACCUGCAUGUCCUCUGCAGCUGACUACUACAGUGGCGGAAUCCAUCACCUGGCAGUUGACCUCAAACUGUCCACCACCCACUUGCUCUUCAAGCUCUGCUUCCCGAGUACAUGCUGGCCCAGCUUGAUAGUGGCUGCCGGCCAUUACGUCGUGCCCAACGGUAGUCCCUCAUUCUCCACCUCCAGUGGCAGCCCCAGACGCCACACGCAUAGGGAAGGCAUCCAGGCGAACCAUGGGGGUGAUGGAGGGGGUCAGCGCGAAGAGUGGCGAGAAAUAGGAGGAGAAGGAGGGCCAUCACAGCGAACCUCGACCGACCCCGUCGAAGUUUCCGAGUACUGGGCCUGCCCAUUCUACAAGUUUGAUCCCAUAAGGCACUGGCGCUGCUACCGGAAAUACAACCUCAAACGGCUGGCCGACGUCAAAUCUCACGUCAUGCGAGUCCAUCUCAUGAGCGAACUCUACUGCCCCAAUUGCUUCCGAGAGUUCGACGAUACGCAAGAAUGGCGCCAGCAUUGCAGCCACCCGGUCUCUGCCUGUCCUCAGGUCCAGGGGCCGGAGCCCCUUUUCCGGGAGGACUUUGAUGCCCUCGGUGAUGUGUUGGCUGCCGCGCAGGGGUUAAGCGAGGCAGACAAGUGGUACCUGAUGUUCGACCACAUCUUCCCCGCUGCCGUCUGGCGCCGUCCAGCUUCUCCCUUCGUCAGCUUAUCUUUCGACGAGCCACUCAGUGUUAUGCGCGCCCAUGCAUCCCGACAGGAAGAGCUGCAACGGAGCAUUCUAUCAGUGCUCCAGCGUCAUCAGAUCCCCUUUGGGGGAAUAACCGGGCCGAAUGCGCUGCAGGUUGAUCUCGUGAAUGCAGUGCUCCCUAUGUCAGCAGCGGCUAUGGCGACAACUCCGCCAUACCAGCGAGCCGUUCAUCCAUCUCGGCUUGGUGCUUGA